AUGCCAGCGCCAAAGGCUGCGCCGGCGAGGCAUCGUCUCACUUUGGCACAAUUGUCUGCCUACGACGACAUCUUGACGGAUGCACUGGUCGACCAUGUCUAUUACUGGACGACGGUCCCCAAGAAUCGCCCGUCAUAUCACCCCUCGCGGGGCCUGUCGGAGAACGCCAUUGCGAAGAUUAUUCAGGACGAGUUGGUCCUGUGGAAAGACUUGGCGGCGGCAGAGGAGAAGCUGCUUGCAAUGGAUGGACUGAGGAAGUUCAUGAACAAAUUGAAGACAGACAGGGAAAAGGACGACUUCAAGCGACACCUGCGACGUUACUUGCAGAUUUACCUGCCGGAUUGCCCUUGGGAGGUCAGCUCCACUAACCGAUAUACGAUUGUCUCGCAUGAAGCAAGUAUCACGGCAAGGCGGUACAUUAAACGUAAUGAAUCGAUCAAGUACCUGUCGGGUAUUCAGGUUGUCAUCACGCCCGAGGAAGAGACGGAGAUUGCGGCACGCAAGAAGGAUUUCAGCAUGGUGAUUAGCUCGAGGAGUAAGAGCACAAGUCUCUUCAUGGGUCCCGCGCGAUUUGCAAACCACGACUGUAAUGCGAAUGCCAAAUUGAUGACGACUAGCAACGCUGGCAUUGAGAUUGUUGCUAUACGUCCUAUUGAAUCGGGCGAAGAGAUUACUGUCACGUAUGGAGAAAGCUAUUUUGGCGAGGACAACUGCGAGUGUCUAUGCGGCACAUGCGAAAAGGGACUAAGGAACGGUUGGGAGCCUGAGGAAGGCGCCGUAAGUAUUCAGACAAGUGCGGAAGAAGACAGGCCCGAGACGUAUGCUCUGCGGCGACGUCGACGGGAGGAUAGCGUUGGUGGAUCUCGAACUCCCUCUGUUACACCUGGAAUUCGUCCGCGAGUUCCAAGAACCAAGGCAAAGAGCUCACGGCUCAGCAAUGCUUACGGUUCGUCCGGCGCGGUGUCGCCGGCGCCUGGCUCACCAGUCGGCCGAAAGCGAAAAGCUGAUACCAUGGCAACGCCGCCCAUCACACCGGCAAAGAAGCCCAAACACACGAUUGAACAAGAGCUCCAUCCUGCGGCUUCAAGAGGAAGUUCUGUAAGCGAGAGUAUAUUGUCAAGUAAUGGGGAGGCUGUUGAGACAGAUGUCACAUCGCCCGAGAAGGACAGUCCUGAGCCCGUGCCUGAGACGCCAAUCAGGUUAUUGGCAAAUCGGCUGAAGGGGAGCGCCGACCAAAAAGAAGACCACACCAUUACAGCCAUUGCACCCUUUUCCCCUGAGAGCAUACAGAGUCAACAGUCACCACAAUCCACCAAGGACGGCGACACGAACGAAUCAUCCGCGACGUCGAAACCAGAACUCAGCGCCAUGUCAAUAUCGGCUAUUCUUAACGCACCUAGCAGCUCUGAGCCGGAGGUUACGGCUCCUAUUUCCGCGAGCAUAGAGGCAGUUGAUAUGUCCCAAAUAGCCACAAACGUCGACGAAGAAGAGCAGCCUCGGCCCAAGAGCAGACGACGCAGUUUUAGUAAGCAGGCUUCACCCCCAGCCAAGGUGCGCAGACCUGGUGAUUACGUUCUCACGCCAUUACUUCUCUCUGAACCGGAAAUGGCAUGGAUUCAAUGCACAGUCUGCAACGCAUACUUUGUACAGCAAAACGCUUACUAUACGCGGUCGGCGUGCCCCCGCUGCGAACGACAUUCCAAGUUGUACGGAUACAUCUGGCCCAAGACUGAAAAGGCAGGGCCCUCAGAUAAGGAAGAGCGGAUCCUGGAUCAUAGGAUUGUGCAUAGAUUCUUAGGCACGAAUGACGAGCGCAAAGCUCGAGGCAGAAAGUGUUUGCCGGAGAGGGAAGAGACAGAAGAGCCGAGUGAGCCCGAGAGGGGUCGGAGAUUACUGCGUGCACCAAUCAAAAAGAAGGAGAAGUCUAGCGACGAAGUUCAAGACUCGGUAACGGUCAAACUGAUCGAAGAGUCGGGACUUAGGCGAAGCGGGAGACCCAGAAAAUCACCUUCCUCCCUCGUCGUAGGACCUCACUUGUCAGAGCUCCGCAAAUCAAGUCAAGCAAUGAGUCUGAAGCGCAUUCUGGUCCUGGGCGGCGCACCGGCCGUGCUCGGUGCGGCAUGCAGCAAGGAUUACACUCGCAACGGGCUGGUCUGGGGAGACGCCAUCCGGCUGAACCAGAUUCAAGUUGUCGGCACGCACAACAGCUACCACGUCGAGGCGCCAGACGAGGAGAAGGCCCUGAUGCUCAACCUCAGCGCUGACACCCAGGACCUGUUUUACGGACACCCUCCGCUGGAAACGCAGCUUCAGGAACAGCAUGUGCGAAACCUGGAACUGGACGUCCUGGCUGAUCCCGAGGGCGGCAACUACGCAAAACCACUCAUCAAGGCGCUCGCCGGGCAGCCCUAUAACACGGGGCCCGAGUUCCAAACGCCCUCGACCAAGGUCUUGCACAUUCCCGACCUCGACAUCCACACCGUCUGCACGACAUUCACGGCCUGCCUCGGCGUCAUCAAGUCCUUUUUGGACGCCAAUCCGUGGGCGGUGCCAAUCCCCAUCAUGACUGAGUUCAAGACGGCCAACCCGCUGGGGCAGUCGCAAGGCGGCGCCAAAGUCAUUCCCUGGGAUAAUACCACGCUGCUGGACGGGCUGGACGCCGAGAUCCGCUCCGUCUUCACAAGCAGGCAGCUCAUCACGCCGGACGACAUUCGCCGGCCCGGCAUGACGCUCGAGGAGUCUGUCCUCAAGUACGGCUGGCCGGAUCUGGAUUCAGCAAGAGGCAGGGUCUUGUUCCUCAUGGACAACGGGCCCGAAGACCCCGUCAACGAAAAGUACAUCGAGGGAAGGCCAAACUUGGAAGGCAGAGUAUUGUUUACGAAUUCCGCACCGGGGAGGGCAGACUGCGCUUUUCAAAAGCUGAACGAUCCGGUGACGGAUGCGUACAUCCAGAAUGUGCAGGAGCAGGUCAAGGCGAACUACCUGGUGCGAGCACUGGCCGAUUCGGCGCUGAGCACGGUGCGAGACUGCAGCACGAUCCAGCGCGACGGGGCGUUCAAGUCCGGCGCGCACAUUGUUUCUACGGAUUUCCCGGUGGCGGGCAUGAGCGAGCGGUACGGCGGGUGCGAGUAUGUCGUUGAGCUUGGGGACGGCAAGGUGGCACGGUGUAAUCCUGUCAACGGGCCGAGAGGGUGCGUUGACGAGGAGCUGGAGUGA